AUGUGCACUUACGACCAAACAGUCGCAAAGAAAGGGUCUGAUGAUGUUGCCUCAAUGCUCUAUCAUUUUGUCAACACCUACCUGGAUCCUGCUGUUAAGAAACUUUAUGUCUUCGCCGAUUCGUGCUGGGGACAAAACAAAAACCACACCAUCAUCCAGUUUCCUCACUACGUAACUGCUGAUUUAAAAAGAUUUGACACUAUGGCAAUCACUUACCCAGUUCGCGGCAAUUCCUUCAUGGAACGGAAGUUACUUGUCAUCAUUGAUAAAAGUUCAACGGAAAACCAGAAGAGAAAAUCAAACGUACCAGAUAUUCAAGAACCCAACCAGCUCUACCAUAGCCCUAUACCUCUGCCCAAAGAAAAGUGUGCUGAUCUAAAAGUUCUAAUGAAAUUCUGUGAAAAAGAAGGAUCUAAAGAUUACUACAGCCAACUUCUCUCUGCUAACCGGCCUGUACCAGAAACAGAAUCAGAUGAUGUACCUGAUGAUCAAAGUGAUUUUUAG